CAUUCUCUUUAGUGUUUGCCCUGUGUCCGCCGCCUCCCUCUGCCACUGCGAUUCGCCCCCCCUUCCCAGGCCCCCCUCCCCGCCUCGGGACCCGGCCAAUGGACUGAGACGCCCGCCUGCCCGCCCGCAGCACCAGCCGGCCCGGGAGCCGCAGCCCAGGCAGCCAGGCUUUCUCCAACAUAAAUACCCUCCUUGGAACUAAAACCAAAACUUCACUGUCCCUGGAUCACCUAAAGGUAGACCAUUAGGCUCCAUCACACUGAAUUAACCUGCAUUCAAAGCUGUCUACCUGCAGCAAUUCGCUUUGGUUGCAAGUGAACAUGUCUCAAGUUCAAAUUCAGAAUCCAUCUGCUGCUCUCUCAGGGAGCCAAAUAUUGAAUAAGAACCAAUCUCUUUCGCAGCCUUUGAGUAUUCCUUCUACCACUAGUUCUCUGCCAUCUGAAAAUGCAGGUAGACCUCUUCAAAACUCUGCUUUACCUUCUGCAUCUGUUACAUCCACCAGUGCAGCUGCAGCUCCUUCUAACAUGGCAAACCCCAAAGAGAAAACCCCAAUGUGUCUUGUGAAUGAGUUAGCCCGUUUCAACAAGAUUCAGCCUGAGUAUAAGCUUUUGAGCGAGCAAGGUCCAGCUCACUCUAAGGUAUUUACAGUGCAGCUGACUCUUGGGGACCAGCACUGGGAAGCUGAAGGAACUAGUAUUAAAAAAGCUCAACAUGCAGCAGCUGCCAAAGCUUUGGAAGGGACAAAAUUUCCUAAACCUACAGCUCGCCCGUCUCGUAGUGAAGGAAAGAAUCCAGGUAUUUGCCAGGACAGGCUCUUUAAAAAUGUGUAUAGGAUACCCACAUCUGAACUUGAUAGUGUAACCCCCACAGUGGAGCUAAAUGCUCUUUGCAUGAAGCUGGGAAAGAAACCUAUGUACAAACCUAUUGACCCUUACACAGGGAUGAGAUCUACUUACAACUAUAAUAUGAGAGGUGGUGCUUAUCCUCCACGGUACUUUUAUCCAUUUCCUGUUGGACCCUUACUUUAUCAAGUUGAGCUCUCUAUUGGAGGACAGCAGUUUCAUGGGAAAGGAAGAACAAGACAGGCUGCUAAGCAUGAUGCAGCUGCUAAAGCACUGAAAAUUCUGCAAAAUGAGCCCCUGCCUGAGAAACCAGAGGUUAAUGGAAAAGAACCAGAUGAUGAAAAUCUCAAUAAAUCUGAAAUAAGUCAAGUGUUUGAGAUUGCACUUAAAAGGAACUUGCCUGUGAAUUUUGAGUUUUUCCCUCUGAAACAGGUAACAAAGGAAAGUGGUCCUCCCCACAUGAAGAGCUUUGUAACCAAGGUGUUCGUUGGAGAAUUUAUGGGUGAAGGUGAAGGAAAGAGCAAGAAGAUCUCAAAGAAAAAUGCUGCAAUAGCGGUCCUAGAGGAACUGAAAAAACUGCCACCCCUUCCUAUGGUUGAGAAAAUGAAGCCACGAAUCAAAAAGAAAACAAAAUCAAUAGUGAAGCUGCAAACAAGCCCAGAAUAUGGCCAAGGAAUGAAUCCCAUUAGCAGACUUGCUCAGAUACAGCAGGCCAAAAAAGAGAAGGAGCCAGAGUACAUGCUCAUCACAGAACGUGGUCUUCCAAGGCGCAGGGAGUUUGUUAUGCAGGUGAAAGUUGGCAUGCACACAACUGAAGGAAUGGGUACGAACAAGAAAGUGGCUAAACGCAAUGCGGCUGAAAACAUGCUGGAGCUUUUAGGUUUCAAAGUCCCCCAACCUCAACCCCCAAAGCCAGCGCUAAAGACAGAAGAGAAGACGCCAGUAAAGAAACCAGGUGAUGGAAGAAAAGUAACCUUCUUUGAACCAGGCACUGAAGAAACUUCAGCUAGUAAUAAAGAUGAGGAGUUUAGGAUGCCUUAUCUCAGCCAUCAGCAGCUUCCUGCUGGAAUUCUUCCCAUGGUCCCAGAGGUUGCACAAGCUGUAGGAGCCAAUCAAGGACACCACACCAAAGAGUUCAACAGGGCAGCCCCUAAUCCUGCCAAGGCUACAGUAACAGCCAUGAUUGCUAGAGAGCUGUUAUAUGGUGGUACAUCUCCUACUGCUGAGACCAUAUUGAAGAAUAACAACUCAUCAGGCCACGUACCCCACGGACCACUCACUAGGCCCUCUGAACAAUUGGACUAUCUUUCCAGUGUUCAGGGAAUCCAGGUGGAAUACAAAGACUUUCCAAAAAAUAACAAGAACGAGUUUGUAUCUCUUAUAAACUGUUCCUCUCAGCCACCACUGAUCAGCCAUGGAAUUGGAAAGGAUGUCGAAUCUUGCCAUGAUAUGGCUGCACUGAACAUUUUAAAGUUGCUGUCUGAGUUGGACCAACAAAGUACAGAGAUGCCACGACAAGGAAAUGGACCAAUGUCUGUAUGUGUGAAACAAGAAAUGGAAAGUGACCCUCUCCUCAAACCGGCUAACUCAAACACUUUGGGACAAACACUGGACAGCACUGCCUGAAAAGGCUUUUGACUGGACCCAAACUGAAAGCACCAGAGAAAAUCAAAUGCUUCCUAUUAAUGUAACCUAACUGUUUUAGAGUGCUACAGUCUUUCCAACCUACUGUAGUAUCUAAAUCAUAACCGUUGCUUUUUCUUCAAAGUGAUAAAUUUUUAGUUUCAUUAUACUGUUUUGAUUGAAAUGACACUAUAAAUUUUUCAUUUAAAAGUUUCUUAAUUGUAUCUAGAACAAUAGCACAGUUUAGAAACUUUGUCUCCUGAGACUGAUGUUAUCUGUGAACUAACUUGGGAAGAUCAUAUCCAUGUAUGUGGUUAUUUUGUUUUUAUUGAAAUAGCAAAGUUUCAUUGGAAACAAAUUGUGUGCCCUCAAUUGAAAAAAAAUAAAAUAAAAAAAGUCAAAGACUUUGGCAAACUUAACUUAAUUCUCCAACAGUUGUAUGAAUUAAACAUUUUAGGAAUUUUAAACUUUGAUUUUUGGUUAAUUUCUAGUUUUCUUGAGGGGGAUGGGGGGGACUCGAAUGCAACAGGAGUUUAAAUAAUCUCUGAUCUAUCUUUUAAAGAUUGUGUGUUUGUGUAUGUGUAUGUAUAUAUAUGUGUGUGUGUAUACAUACAUAUAUAUAGUGGCACACAACUCACUACAUUACAGGAUAUGAUCUCAGUGUAGUGCAUAUAAAACUGCAGAUUGAUUUUCCUUGAGUGCUUUAUACUGUUUAAUUACAUCUCCAUGUAGGGCUGAAAAAAAUUACCUAUGUUUAUAUAUAAACUGUGUUGCUUUUGAUGUUGUGUUAUUGCACACAAUUCUGUGUGCAAUAAGUUUUUUGCAUAUGGUCCAGGUAAAGCACGAUAGCCUUGCAAGUUAAGUACUGCUUCAGUUCAUUGUUUACGCUGGAAUUUUUUCUCCCCAUGGAAUGUAAGUAAAACGUAGUGUUUGUCUCAAAUAAAUGGUAAUACUAAAAGAAUUUUGGUUAAUUUAUUCUUGAAUGCCAUUACUGGGGCUCCUUUUUGAUAGGAUUUGUAAUGCUUGUGAUAUAGUACGGGCUGUAAUGUAAAACUAUGAAGUAACUGUACAAUGGUUAAUCAAUAACCUAUAAAUAACUACUUUUUAGUAAUGUGGAGGUUGACAAACUGGCUAGGUCAAGAAAAUUCAAAAGUAAUAUGGGUACAUUCUGUCUUUGGUGCCACAAUGUCUAGCUUAAAUACAUUAAUGGGAGUCUUACAAAAUUAUAACAUGAUUUUGAAAAGCAACAUGGCAUAGCAGGUUGAAAUGAUAUCAAUACUUCGAUCUCUACUUUUAAGUUUUCUUGCUUGCUUGUAAUUUGUGUCAUAAUCUUAGCUUUGCACAGAGUAAUUGUUUGGGGGUACUACUUAAACACCCCAAACCUUCCCUCUAGCAGCAAGAAUUGGCACCAUAGACUGACACACAACAAUGUAACAUUUGGAUGUGAAUUACCGUAAAUGUAUAUUUAACUGGUAACCUGUAGCAGCUCUUCCUAAAUAUCUACAUGCAGUAUGUGAAGUAAAUGUUCUUCUGAAAAGCAGUUACUGCACAUGCUGUUUAUUCAAAGUUAAAUGUCUCGGCCAUAUUAAACCUUAUUUUGUUCACGUUAUUAAGCAAUUGGGCCAUACUAACUCCUUACCAAAUUUUUAUUAAAUCAAAGUUGUUUUUGAUCAUUAUAAGUGCAAAAAGCAUUGUAAAGUUUUUUUACAUUUGUAGAACUAAAAUGCUGUAAAUUUAAAAAUUAAAAAAAAAGACUUGCUAGGCUGA